UCAGUACCCAGGCAUCCAGCCCCUGGCUCACCCCCACCCCUUCCAGCCCCCACUCCCCUCAGGAACCUAGAGUUCCAGCCCUCCUUCCAAAUCCCAGCUAUCCCUCCCCCAUCAGUUUCUCUCCCCCCAGGGGAUGGAGGCCGAGAGACCCCAGGAGGAAGAGGAUGGUGAACAGGAUGUCUCCCAGCAUCAAGGCCCCCAUCAGGAUGAGCAGGACUGGCCCCCUGUGAAUGCCACCACUAGGCCUUGGCGAUCUGCUCCUCCGUCCCCUCCUCCUCCAGGGACCCGCCACACAGCCCUGGGGCCCUGCUCCGCCUCCCUGCUCUCCCUACAGACUGAGCUCCUUCUGGAUUUGGUGGCUGAGGCCCAGUCCCGCCGCCUAGAGGAGCAAAGAGCCACCUUCCACAUCCCCCAGAACCCCCCAAGCAUAGCCCCAGCCCCACUUCGGCCUCUUGAGGAGAGAGAACAGCUCUACAGCACUAUCCUCAGUCACCAGAGCCAGCGGAUGGAAGCCCAGCGGUCAGAGCCUCCCCUACCCCCAGGGGGACAGGAGCUCCUGGAGUUGCUGCUGAGAGUUCAGGGUGGGGGUCGAAUGGAGGAGCAAAGGUCUCGGCCCCCCACACAUACCUGCUGAGACUUGAGCCCCUCCCCCCCACCAGGCACUCCGCACUCCUGGGGCUCAAAGCUGGGCAGCCCAUUGCAUGCCCUCUUCUCCUGCUUGGCAGGGGCGCCAGAGACUGAAGGACCUGGGAGAAAUCUCAAUAUUCAUCACCCUCAUCCACCUUUCUGGGGAAUAGAGGGGGUAAAAGUCCACAAACCCUGGGAAUAGUCAAGGUAGGAUGGUCAUUUGACUCCCUUCGCCAGUACACGGCAGUUUGAAGAGGUGAGAGGAUCCUAGCCACUGAGGGACACCCCCUCCUCUGAUCCCAAGAAGUGGCUGGAAGUCUUGGUCCUGAGCUGUGGAGACACCCCAGUCAGACACCCAUAAGGCAGAAUCUGAGGGCUCAGGCCUCCAUCUCCCUAGAAAAGGCAAAUCUCCCAAGGUUAGGGCCUUGAGACACAUUAAGAAGGGAGACAGGGCAUUGCAAAAGAGACAGACCAUCCUCCCACCCUACCACCAGCACCCCCAGCCCCCAGGACUGAGGGGCCUACAGGCUGUGAACCGACACUUAGCACUGCCCACCCCGCCUCCCCACUGCUGCUCGAGUCUGAUGUUCUGGUUGUACGAAUAAACGUAAUUAUCCUCUGGACUAAAA